GAUCGUACUGCUUCUGCUACUGGGCGACAAAACUGGCCCACCACCGAGUGUUCCAACUCGAACUUUUUGUUUUAAAUUGACAUGGCUUCAGACAAUGACGAAGAAGACUAUAUGAGUCUCAAGUUUUUAGAGGAACCUGAAGAUCAGAAAGAACUUUCUUACGUGGAAAAACGAAAAAAAGCUCUUCGAGAACAAGAAAAGAAAGCAUAUAUAAAACCUCGAAGAGUUUUGGAGGAAGAGGCGCGACAAGAAGGCUUGAAGAAAGAACUAGACGAUAAGAACAAGGGUAUGAAAAUGCUAAUGAAAAUGGGUUUCAAGCAAGGCAUGACGUUGGGCAAAGAGUCAGGGAUCACCAAACCUAUUGAAGUAGAGCUCAAGUCUGGAAGAGGAGGAAUUGGGCAUGAUGCACAAGAAAAGCGGUUACGAGAAGAAGAACUAGAACGAGAACUGGCAAAAAAACCGAAGAUUGAUCCUGAUCAAUAUCGAGAACAAAUUGCCGCACGUAAACGUGAAGGUCAGCUUCAGAGAUGGAUAAUAGCUGCUGCAAGGAUCAUCGAGAAGCUAGAUAGAGACAAGGAAAUGGAUUUUAAUAUUCUAUGGUUACUGAACCCUUCCAAUAUACCGGAAGUAGAUCCUGAGGAUAUCGGUGAGGCAGAGCUUGCAGGGUCACCAGUCGCAGAAGAUAUUAGUAAAUCUGCCGAUGAUACCCUGGCCGGAAAAGCCGAGGCAGAACCCAUAGCAACAACAGAAAAUGACCAUGUGCAACAACUUCGGAAAUUGACGGAUGAUGAGAAAGAAGAGCUUUCUGAGAUCCAAGCACGAUCCCUUACCGAACAACUAAGCGACCUAGUUUCCUAUCUGCGUACCAAUUACUACUAUUGCUUUUGGUGUGGUGCAAAGUAUGCUGAUGAAGAGGAUUUGAAGAAUUGCCCUGGUCCAGCUGAAGACGAUCAUUAGUUUUCCUGUGCUGAAAGCUACAUUUGUUGCUCUGACAUUGAUGAAUCAUGUCGCUAGACAAAUAUACCCUAGCUAUAUUGUUGCUGAUGUUGAUUUCCUCAUACUUUUCGACUGUACAUAGGCAGGCCAGUCAUUCAAAUAGCGUC